AGUGAAUGCUUUCAGGGCGGAAACGGUCUCCCGCGCAUGCGCCUCAUCGACAUACACAAGCGCAACAAACAUGGACGCUCUUGGCGACGGCACAAAGGAGAAGAGCACGAUACUGAAGAGAAGAGCUGACGAGGACGAUGAGCCCACCGCAAAAAGGCGUCCGGGAGUCGAGGUCGACCACAACACAAACGUGGCCGACCACUACAACCGGCUUCAGGAGGCCGGACUGACCGCGCGUAGCCAAAGCCGCAUCUUCUACAUGCGGAACUUCAACAACUGGUUGAAGAGCGUCCUCAUCGGCGAGACGGUGGAGAGGUUGCGCGACGCCGGCCACCGGCGCCUGUCGGUGCUGGACCUGGGCUGCGGCAAGGGCGGCGACCUGCUCAAGUGGCGCAAGGGCGGCAUCGGCCACCUGGUGUGCGCCGACAUCGCCGGCGUGUCGGUGGAGCAGUGUCGCAGUCGCUACGAGCACAUGCGGAGGAGGGGCCGCGGCGACCAGGGCAUGUUCAGCGCCCAGUUCAUCACGGCCGACUGCACCAAAGAGCUCCUGGCCGACAAGUUGGAGCGCCCCGACCUGCGCUUCGACAUCUGCAGCUGCCAGUUCGUGUACCACUACUCGUUCGAGAGCCGGGCCAAGGCCGACACCAUGCUGAGGAACGCCUGCGAGCGCCUCAAGCCCGGCGGCUACUUCAUCGGAACCACGCCCGACGCCUACGAGCUGGUCAAGCGGCUGGAGGCGUCCGACUCGCUCUCCUUCGGCAACGACGUCUUCCGGGUGACUUUCCGGACCAGGGGCGACUACCCGCUCUUCGGAUGCCAGUACCACUUCAACCUGGAGCAGGUGGUGGACGUGCCGGAGUUCCUGGUCUACUUCCCUCUGCUGACGCGUAUGGCCUCACGUUACGGCAUGCGCCUGGUGAGCAAGCAGCGCUUCGGCGAGUUCUACAGGGACAAGGUCAAGUUGAGUCACCACCGCGAUCUGCUGAUGAAAAUGGCCUCGCUGGAGGAGUUCCCGGCCCGGGACGGCGGGCGUCUCACCGCCCAGGACGAGGACGAGUACCGCCACGCCCGCGAGCACCGCGAGCGGGCGGGCGCCGCCGCCACCGCCGGGAUCCCUCUGGGUACGCUCAGCAGGUCCGAGUGGGAAGCCACCAGCAUCUACCUGGUCUUCGUCUUCCAGAAGAUGUCCUGACUGAGCGCUGCUGCUUUGGGCCACCUUCGCUUCCAAAGGAACGGCGACUGCUGCUAAAUGGACAAUCUUUGGCGGACAUAUUGUGAAAGAGGGACUCUGAAUUUUUGUUUCUUCUUUUUUUCUGUCGUAAAUAAAAUAGUUGGGACUGUGGCGUCCCGCGUCCAUCUAUCAAGUGUAAAAUUAUAACACCAAAUAAAUGUUUUGUUGAACUGAAA